ACGGGGAGGAGGGGCCCAGGGCCGGAGGAACAUCAAGUCGUUCCCGGGCAGCCGGCGUGCGAGGGAGCCACCGCUGGGCCCAGCAUGCUGAAGGCUUGCAGGCUGUGGAGCCUGAGCCCCGGCGGCGCGCCGGCGGCCUUGCGGCUACUACGAAAGAACCGAGGCGGCGGCGGCGGCUUCCGCGGUGUCCGCCGGGUCAGUACCAGCUGGUCACCGGUCGGAGCCGCCUUCAAUGUCAAAGCGCAGCCCGCGCGUAAGGAGCUGUUCGGCGAGUGCCGGGGUUUGUUUGGUGUCCCAGAGCUAAGUUCUCCUGAAGGAUUUCAUGUUGCACAAGAAAAAGCCCUAAGACAAGCUGAGUCCCUAGUAGAGAGUGCAUGUGCUACACCACUUGGACCACAAACUGUGUGUAUCUUUGAUCAACUCUCAGAUGCCUUGUGCAAAGUAGCAGAUUUGGCUGAUUUUGUGAAAAUUGCUCAUCCUGACCCUGCAUACAGAGAGGCAGCAGAAGAAGCCUGCAGAAACAUUGGUACCAUGGUAGAAAAGUUAAAUACAAAUGUGGAAUUAUAUCAAACUUUGCAAAAAUUAUUAUCAGAUGAAAAACUUGUGGCUUCUCUUGAUCCUGAAACCAGGAAAGUGGCAGAAUUAUUUAUGUUUGAUUUCGAGAUAAGUGGGAUCCAUUUGGAUGAAGAAAAGCGUAAAAGAGCAGUGGACCUUAAUGUUAAGAUCUUGGAUUUGAGCAGUGCUUUUAUUAUGCAAACCCACUUUCCCAACAAAAUUGACAAGCACCUCUUACCAGAGCAUAUCCUCUAUAACUUUGCACAUGAUGGAAAUCAUGCACUAGUCAGUAGUUUACAUGCAGAGUCUUCAGAUGAUUUGGUACGAGAAGUGGCUUAUAAGGUUUUUCUUUACCCCAAUCCUGACCAGCUGAACUGUUUAGAUGAAUUACUUAGCAGUAGAGAUCAUCUGGCAAAAUUAGUAGGCUAUCCUACAUUUGCACAUAGAGCUCUUCAAGGAACAAUAGCUAAAAGCCCAGAGAUUGUAACACAGUUCCUUGAGAAAUUGUCUAAGAAGCUUUCUGAAAGGACUGUAAAAGAUUUUGAGAUGAUGAAAGGAAUGAAAAUGAAGCUAAAUCCUCUAAAUUCGACACUGAUGCCUUGGGAUCAUCCUUAUUACAGUGGUACCAUUCGAGCAGAGAGGUAUAAUAUUGAACCCAGUUUAUAUUGCCCAUUUUUCUCACUUGGUGCAUGUAUGGAAGGUCUGAACUUACUAUUCCGUCAGCUCUUAGGAAUCUCUCUCUAUGUGGAGCAGCCAGAAAAAGGAGAAGUGUGGUGUGAAGAUGUUCGAAAACUGGCUGUGGUUCAUGAAAAUGAGGGACUUUUGGGAUACAUCUAUUGUGACUUCUUUCAGCGAGCAGACAAACCACAUCAGGACUGUCAUUUUACAAUCCGUGGUGGAAGAUUAAAGGAAAAUGGGGAAUAUCAGCUUCCAGUAGUAGUUCUCAUGCUGAACCUUCCUCAUUCAACAAGUAUUGCACCACCUUUAUUAACUCCUGGAAUGCUGGAAAAUCUUUUUCAUGAAAUGGGACAUGCCAUGCAUUCUAUGCUGGGACGUACUCGUUAUCAACAUGUUACAGGGACGAGAUGCCCCACUGAUUUUGCUGAAGUUCCUUCUAUCCUGAUGGAGUACUUUGCCAGUGAUUAUAGAGUGGUUAACCAGUUUGCAAAACAUUAUCAGACUGGCCAGGCACUGCCAAAAAAUAUGGUGUCUCGACUUUGUGAAUCUAAAAAGGUCUGUGCUGCAGCUGAUAUGCAACUUCAGGUCUUCUAUGCAACUUUGGAUCAAAUCUACCAUGGGAAGCAUCCCUUAAAGAGGUCAACCACAGAAAUUUUAAAGGAAACACAGGAGAAAUUUUAUGGGCUCCCAUAUGUACCAAACACUGCCUGGCAACUGAGAUUCAGUCACCUUGUAGGUUAUGGUGCCAAGUACUACUCCUACCUCAUGUCUAGGGCAGUAGCCUCCAUGGUUUGGAAAGAAUGUUUUAUGCAGGACCCAUUUAGCAGGGCUAUGGGGGAGCGCUAUCGCAGGGAGAUGCUGGCACACGGUGGUGGCAAAGAGCCCAUGCUCAUGGUUCAAGAUAUGCUUCAAAAGUGUCUCUCCGUUGAAGAUUUUGUUGGUGCUCUUGUUUCAGACUUGGAUAUGAACUUUGAAACAUACUUUAUGGACUCUUGAAUGAUGUGGAAAUACCCCAUUUCUUUUCAUACAAAAUCACAUGUUUUAAUAACAACAUUGAAAAUGGCAUGCUAUGAAAACUUGUUUCUUAUUUUCAGUGUUCAUUUAUAUUGCAUAACAACUUAUGUAAACCCUUGUUAGAACUUGGAAUAAACAAUUUGUCCUACAAUGAA